GCCGCUGUCGCUGCACCCACGUUGCUGUUGCUGCUGCCGCCGCUGCUGCUGUUGCACCGGUGCUCUCUACUGUUGUCGCCUCCAGUCGCCCACGAGCUGGGAUUCUUGAGCUUUACGCUAGCUCUCCGCUGUCAUCAUGGACCAGCCUUGGAAGAAGAGUACAGAGGCUAAUGAUGUCCCCCUCUCGGGCUGCCUCGGGGCCGGACUACUAUCCAUGAGGUGACCAGAGUGACUGUUCUUACUCCUGCCCCAGCGAGUGUAACCUAAGCGAACCCGGGACUGCAGAUCCAGGAAACAUAUCCAGGGACAAGUGAUGAGGAUCUCCAAAGACUCCUUCUGCACCAUCUUCACUUUGCUUUUUCCUCAUCCCCUUCGCGAUUUGUUUAUAUAGCAUCCCAGCUUGGAGGGAUUUCCCAUCCCCCUUUUCCUUUUUCAUAUUUUACCCCCUCCCCCACCAGGGCUCAGUGCUCCUGCACGUGUUAGACACUCUCUGACAUCUCAGCUGAAAAGAAGCACCGGGGAGAGGGAAAGAGAAGGUUGGGGAGGAGAGAGCAUUACAUCUUCUCUUACUCUCUCGCAUCUUCCAAGUUCUCCUUUCUCGUUUAGAAUAGCCUUUUUUUCCUUGGUGCAUUUUGUAUGGGGUGGGGGGAGGAUGUCAAGGCGUCUGGGGAUAAGGAAAGAGGUAAGGAAUAAUGGUCCUUGUUGUUGCUGCUGCUGCUGCUGCUGCUGCGCUCAGUAUGUUUCUCUGUGUUUGAUAGUUUCCGGAGAAGCAUGGUAACAUGAAUAGCCACUGAGUGUGAAAGCCGCUCUGGAGAAAAGGAGGACGAGAUUGAUCUGCGCAGCCUUUACUUUGCGAACAAUAACAUUGAGAGGAGGAGGAAGAGGAGGAGGAGAAAGAGAAAAAGGAGGAAGAAAAAGAGGGGGAGGAAGAAGAGAUAGAAGAAGAGGAGGAGGAGGAGGAGGAGGAGGAGGUGGUGGUAAAGAGGAGGGUAAGUCGCCCCAUUGAUUCGCUGGCUGGAUUCCGCGAUGACAUCUGUAGCCUCCCUUCCACUUCUCUCGCUCUCCUGAUGCUGCUGAGAGCAAGUAUCGGGGUGCCCAGUAGGCGGAGAGGGAGGGAAGGAGGCAGGCGGGCGAGUUGACAGUGCCAGGGAAUCCAGGAGUUCAGGGACCUACUCAGCCGGGCUUUCGGCUUCCUGUCACCAGAUCCCCUGCAAAUGCCUGGGCUUCAGUCAGCAGUCUGGGAUUCAGGCAGAUCCUGCUAAGGAGGGUUGGGAGGAGGGAGAGAGGGGAGUUCGAGUGGAUUUUCAGAUCAGUCUUCCCUCUGAUGCUCGAGAAGAGCGAAGAUGGACAACUCAUCUUCUAGUUGGAGACGCUUUCGUGCAUUUCCCUCCUUACUAAACUAAUCUGGGCAGUAGACUUUGGGACAGCACUGUUUGUCCAGCCACUUCUUCCUCUUCCACCCCCACCCCCUCAUCCCCUUUCGUACUACUCUCUAAGACAAAAACAAACUCCUUUCUUUCCAGGAAAGUAUUUUGGCGAGCUAUUGAUUUCUCCAUAAUUUCUGAUUAGCCUACCAACUGAUCAUAUUUACUCCUUCGUUUUAUAUUAAUGGAGAUCGAUAGACUUCAAUGAUUUCCUCAGUAAAUCCAUUCAUUUCUGAGCCAAUAGAUAAUUCACUCGUCAUAGUUUUGGGGGGGAGGUUGUUUUUUUGUUUGUUUGUUUUGUUUUUCUCCUGAGUGGGGGAAAAGUGACUGUGCGUUUGUUCUGCAGAUUGCCAGCUCCCUCUGAGGGGUGUGUAUUGGUGCUGAGGCUGCAACAAAAGUUUCUAGCCACUCGUCUCAGUCUUGGGGGUUAAUCGCAGAGGAGAGGAAAGGACAUUGGCUUGGCUCACCAAGGAACCGCCAGGAAUCCUGCACUUUCCUCUAGCCAUCUAUACUGGCGCUUUUAUCAUUUGCCAUGAAGAGGAAACAGAAGCGGUUUCUGCAAAUGACUUUAUUGUUUAUGGUGGCUUUAAUUUUUCUGCCCAAUAUUGGUCUCUGGUCUCUGUAUAAGGAUAAGCAUCUGAUGAAAUCCACGGAACCUGGAGAGCAGCAGACAUUUCCACUGAGCCUAGGAGAUGGGCAGCUUGAUACCUGGACAGAUGGUUUGAAAAGAAAAGAUUGGCAUGACUACGGAAGCAUUCACAAAGAUGCUCUGCGUUCAGGUAAGGGUGAACAUGGGAAACCUUAUCCUCUCACUGAAGAAGACCGUGAUGAUUCAGCUUACAGAGAAAACGGCUUCAAUAUUUUUGUGAGCAACAACAUUGCCUUGGAGAGAUCACUGCCAGAUAUUCGCCAUGCUAACUGUAAACACAAGAUGUACCUGGAAAAGCUGCCAAAUACUAGCAUCAUUAUUCCUUUUCAUAAUGAAGGUUGGACUUCUCUUCUGCGCACUAUACACAGUAUAAUUAACCGGACUCCAGACAGUCUGAUUGCUGAAAUCAUUUUAGUGGAUGACUUCAGUGAUAGAGGUAAGAUUAAAUAAGAAACUUUAAAUUAAAUCUGUUAUAAUUCCCACAAUUGGGUAUGGAUGGAAAUGUUGAUGCAAGGGUUAUAUGAUGGUUUUAUUCAGGUUGCUUCCAGGAAAAAAAAAAUAAUGCUUUGACUAUUUUGUUAUGUGAUGAAAUGGUAGCCAAGGGCCAUGUGGCAGUAUUCAUAGUAUUGUUUUUAACCAUUCUAUGGUUGAAUUGAUUAGGCUUGUCAUCUGUGGCAUUAAGGUGAACUUGCAUUAAAAUGGAUAUAUAUGCAUGAAACUGCUUUGAUUCACUGCUUAGAUUAAAGACAGAAAGAAUUUUAUUAGAGCUCUGUGGGGGAUACUGAUGACUUAUUGAAUAGCAUUGUUAGUUGCAUAAAUGUAGGUUGUUUCACUUAUUGCACACUAAAAACAUUCUUAAUUGAUAGUUUUCAUUUAUUUUUAGUAGUGUAUUCACUAUUGACUUGUCCUGAUAAAGUUUUAUGCCAAUCUGUUUUUUUUAAUUUUUAAUUGUGAAUUAUUAAAUACUAUCAUGACCACUAUUGGUCUUAAAGUUAGUUCAAUCAUUUUAGUCCUGAACUUAUAUUGAUAUUGAGAAAGAAACAAGAUAUUAGGAAUAUUUGAAGGUAUUACCUUGAAGAUAAAAGUUGUUCUUAUAACCCUUACCUUUAAUAAAACUCUAAAGCAAUAUUUUUUAAUUUAAAAAGUUGUACAGCAGUGUGUUAUUGUCUUUCCAUAUAGGAUCUCACUUUUAGAUUUGUACAUUCAGGUAAAAAAUUAAAUGUGGGUCAUAAUAAAGAGAGAAAAUGAUAUAGUUUUGUAGAAACUCUUCCUUGAACAAAAUUUCUGAAGUAGUUUUCAGUCUAACAAUUGCAAUUAUUAAUAUUGAAGGAAUUGUUUCUCUGUGCUUUACUCUUUGAAAAGGAACCUAAUAACUGACCUUUGGAGAGAUGUGACUUGUAAGAUUUCCA